UCCUGUUUGUCCGUUGCCUGAGCUAUCCGCUUGAUAAGCCUUUCAAAUUCGAAUCAAGAUACGGAAGAGUGCGUUUCAAUCGCUGUUCCACUUGGACAUUGCGCAGCUAGUUAGCCAUAUUACACAUUUUAUUGACAGUUGGCCGUUGGCAAUGUGUCCAAACAGUUGGGUAAUUGAAAUGGCAUUGCACAAGGAGCUACUGCAUCCACAGUUGAAUCCACGCCGGAUCAGACCAGUGAAUCAGGCAUUCAUGAGAUCAACGCGAGGUACUAAUACUCUGCCAGCGAAUCCCGUUUUCGCGGAUAUUCAGACCAUAUUAUCCGUAUUGAAGGCGACUGGUCUGCUGCCCAUCUAUGAGCAGUUGUCCAGCUUUGAGCUGGGCCCGCCCACCAAGCCGAAUGAGUUCUAUUCGUUCUUUGUGCGCGGUGUAGUGCACGCCUUGACCAUCUUCAACAUCUAUAGCUUAAUGACGCCCAAUUCGGCCAAGCUGUUCAUUUCGCUAAGGGAGACGGACAAUGUGAACCAAUGGAUCGAACUGUUGCUCUGCAUAUUCACCUAUACCCUAACUGUUUUCGUGUGUGCACGCAACACCAAGUCCAUAAUACAAGUCAUGAACGAGAUCCUCAAGCUGGACCAGGAGGUGCUGCGACAAUUUGGUAUCGCUUUAAGCAACCAUUGCAAUUUCUCGAUAAAGUUUUUGGUCCUAAUCGCUGCCUGCCAGGCGUACAUCAUCUUUCUACGUAUUAAUGCCUUGAGUGGUGCUGUGUCGCCCACCACGUACAUCCUGAUUGGCUUCUAUGCCAUACAGAAUGGACUGACAGCCACCUAUAUAGUCUUUGCCUCGGCUCUGCUGCGCAUUGUUUGCAUUCGCUUUCAGUUUGUGAAUCAACUGUUAAAUGGAUACGCCUACAAUCGGCUGUUGGGCAAGAAUCCUCGCCAGCUUCAGCUGCACAUGGAUAAGUUUCCCGAGGACUCGCUCUACAUUUAUCGCACCCACAAUCGCCUAUUGCGCAUCUACAAGAGCAUCAACGAGUGCUGCAGUUUGAUUAUCGUUUGCUUUCUGGGCUACUCCUUCUACACGGUGACCACCAAUUGGUAUAAUCUCUUCGUGCAGAUCACCAGCAACAAAGGCGUCAUCUCCUCACACAUCAUGCAAUGGUGCUUGGCCUGGCUGUGCCUGCACACCUCGCUCCUAACUCUCCUAUCGCGCAGCUGCGGUGCAACGACCCACGAGGCCAAUACUACCUCCCAGAUACUGGCGCGCGUCUAUGGGAAGAGCAAGGAGUUUCAAAAUAUCAUUGACAAAUUUCUAACCAAGAGCAUCAAACAAGAGGUACAAUUUACGGCAUAUGGUUUCUUUGCAAUAGACAACUCCACACUCUUCAAGAUAUUUUCAGCAGUCACGACAUAUUUGGUUAUUUUGAUUCAAUUCAAACAGUUGGAGGACUCGAAGUUGGAGGAACAAGAAGCGGUUUAAAUUUCAAUUUCUAUACUGUUUAAUUUUAUUAGCUAUGUAUUUAUUAUCAUUACAAAAUCUUACGUCAAUUGAACUAACUGCAUAUAUUGACUUAUAUAUAUGCUUAUUAAUUCG